CUAGCAGAUUAUGUUGGCAUUACACGGUUGCCGCUUGUCUAAGUGGAUAACUCUGCAAUAAUAAAGCAGACGAGCUCAAAACAGUUAUAUUUUGUUUACUUGCAAUACCUGCAAUACACACACAGUAAUAUAAAUUGACUUGUCAGCUCUUUCUGCAAAAGGGUUCGGACACAAAGAAGAAAAGUAUUGUCCUUUUAUAUAAGCGACUGGAUUUCGAGAAGCACACACUCUUGCAAGUUUGCAAACAUACAAGAAAACGCAAAUUGUGGAUUAAAAAUGCAUUCUUAUAUAUUUUUUAUAUAAACAAGUUUGGUGGCCCACCUAUUGAGGAAUAUCCCAUCCCAGUGUUCCAGUGAAAUUCAACAGACCGGGAUUUAGUUUUCUUUCUCGGUUGUUUUUUUAUGCCCCCAUAUUUAUUUCCUGGACGGGCCUCCUGUUCUGGGACUCUGGUCAGUUCAAGGCGCGACUGUAGCGCCAUGGUAACCCACAGUAAGUUUGACAUCGCGAUGAGCUGCAGCCCCUUUGACGCUAGCCCGCGGCUGCCUCCUCACCGCUUCAAGACCUUCAGCUCCAAGCACGAGUACCAGCUGGUGAUCACUGCGGUUCGGAAGCUGCAGGAGAGCGGCUUCUACUGGAGCACGGUGAACGGGAGGGAGGCCAAUAGCCUGCUUAGCUCCGAACCCGCUGGCACAUUCUUGAUACGGGACAGCUCGGACAACCGUCACUUCUUCACCCUCAGCGUCAAAACUGACUCCGGGACCAAAAACCUGCGCAUUCAGUGUGACAGUUGCUUCUUUUUCCUACAGACUGACCCCAAAAGCAUGCAGCCAGCACCUCGCUUUGACUGUGUCUUGAAACUGAUCCACCAUUACAUGCCUUCCAAAGUCUCCGCGGCGUCUGCUGGGAACGGGAAGAGCAAUUACUUUAUUUAUUCCAGCGGAGAAAAGAUUCCCCUAACCCUACUCAGACCCUUGUCCUCAAGCGUUUCCACUCUGCAGCACCUCUGUCGCAAGACUGUCAACGGACACCUGGAGGUUUCCAGUAAACGGGACCAGCUGCCUCAUACGCUAAAGGAGUUCCUCCAGGAGUAUGACGCUCCGGUAUGAAGACCCUUGCUGUGAACGGACCCCCGUAGUAGUCACCUCAUUGACUUGCUUAAGGUGGAAUUUUUGCUUUUGUGUGGCCUGUACUGUGCUGCACUGUACUGCUGAGCAACCUGGCUUUCCAUUCCUUUAAAAAGGGUCUUAAAAACUAUUCGAAACAAAGGUGACAGGGCAUGGUGGUCUAGCCAACCAGCUAGGCAGCUAGAAAUGUUUACUGUUAAGCACUGGUGCAAAUUCUCUGGUUUUUUGCAACUGUGGCAUAACAGCUGGCGACCGCAUGGCUAGGGCUAUCUAACCCUCACUAAAAUGUACGCUGAGUAUACUUGGUAUUCUACCCGUAUGCUGCUACAACUACUCAUUGUAUACUGGCGUUGCUAGACAAAGCAUAUUUCUAACAUUUCAUUUCUCUCUUGUCAUUUUUCCAAGAGACAAAGCAGGGCACCGGAAGUUACAUGACACAGUAAUUUCCAUUUGUGUUCCAGGCAGAGCUGUCUGGUUAUUGUAUGUGUGAGUCUGUGUGGAAGUAGGUGGGGGAAAGAGUACCCAUGAUUUUUCAAAAAGAAAAUGAGGCAGCAUCCUUAACAUCAAACUAGCACCAUACUAAUAGCUAGAACUGUUUAGAAGGAAACUUGGUUAAGUACUGGGGCUCUAUGGAAUUUUGCAGCAGGCUGUCUAUGUGGCUUUUUAACCUCUUAGAUUUUUUAAGGGAUUAAAGUCCAUGCAGAUAGCUAGAAGAAGCUAGCCCAGCCCAUUCAGAAUUCAUAUGUACACAAUUCUGCAUGUUUUUCUGAAAGAACCAUCAUUAAAACUAUCCAGAAAGGGGACCUGAGAAGUUUCUACCCCCUCACCACUGAAAAGAAUGUAUUAAUUCAGGGAGUGACACUCCAGCUUUUGUGAGAUGAAUAAAUCCCUGAUAAAUUGCAAA